AUGAUUCCCAGGCCACCUCCUCAGAUUCAGCAGAAGAUCACCAGAAAUCCUAGCAGCCGGCCACAUGUGAUAAUUGCCGGGGCGGGGCUUGGUGGCUUGGGUGCCGCCAUUGCCAUACUCCUCGCUGGCCACGACGUGACCAUCCUGGAGAGCGCCGCCACUAUUGGCGAGAUAGGAGCCGGCAUCCAAGUCCUACCCAACUCCUCACGGAUCCUCAUCUCCUGGGGCCUCCACGACCGGCUGGCAAAGCACGCAACAACGCCGCGAUACUGCAACAUGAUUGGGUGGAAAAGAAACCACCUCUCAAGGAUGGACUUCCACGCCUACGGUGAGGUCCUGGGAACCCCGUUCUGGGACUUUCAUCGCACCGACCUGCAUCAAUGCCUGCUGGACAGGGUUCUCGAGCUGGGUGUGAAGGUCCAGGUCAUGUCUCGAGUCGAUACCGAUGAAUGCGCUCCCGACGGACUCGGUGCAACCGCCGUGCUGAGUGAUGGCAGGAGGUUGGCGGCAGACCUGGUUGUUGGAGCCGACGGCAUUUCUUCCAAACUAAGGGAAGUCCUGCUCGGCCGACCCGACCCGCCAGUGCCAACGGGCGAUCUUGCGUAUAGGCUGCUGAUCGAUGCCAAGGAUAUGCUGGCAGAUCCUGAACUUCGGCCGUUCAUCCAGGACCCCCAGGUCAAAUACUGGAUGGGCAAGGGCUGUCACGCCGUCAACUACGUCUUGAGGGGCGGGCAGCUGUUCAAUAUGGUCCUGCUUGUGCCCGACGACAUGCCGGCCUCGGCAAUGACGGUAGACGGGAACAUCGAGGAAAUGAAGGCUUUAUUCGAGAAGUGGGAUCCGACGAUACCCAAGACCUUGGACCUCUGCCGCUCGGUACAGAAGUGGAAACUGUGUAUUCGCCCGACACUGGAGAAAUGGACCCAUGAUUCGGGUUGCUUUACACUAUUAGGAGAUGCAGUCCACGCAACCCUGCCGUACCUUGCCAGCGGAUGCGGAAUGGCAUUAGAGGACGGGGCAGCGCUUGGCCUCUGCCUCGCCAAGCUUACCGACAAGUCGCGCGAGCAGAAGGCCAGGGCCCUCAGCGUCUACGAGGAAUGCCGCCGAGAGAGGACAGAAAAUGUUGUGGCAGAGGGAGUUGCCAGCAGUACUUGUAUCAUAUCGACGACGGCGAGGAGCAGAGGCUGA